AGGCACUUCCGCAGCAUCCGCUGUUGCUCGCCUCACCUAUCGCUCAGCAACAAUCCCGAAUACGUCCCUGUCAACAUUUCCCAAAUGUCAAGAUCAAGAGGUUGUUUGCAUUGUCUGUCUCACAGAGUGCCGCUUGCCUUCAGAACAACAAAGACUCUCGCAUUCUGUGGGCCAAGGAUGACUUUCUGCUGACGACUGGCUUUGAUAGGGUGCGUAACCGUGAGGUGAGGCUUUGGGACAGCCGGAACUUGACUUCUUCUGUGAGGUCUCAGACCUUUGGCACUUCCAGCGGGACGCUGAUUCCUCUUCUUGAUGCCGAUACUGGUCUGUUGGUGCUGGCUGGCAUGGGCGACACAGUGGCGGAUUGCUUCGAAGUGUCCACCUCGGAGCCCUUCCUCUCUCAAGUGAGCCACUGUCUGACUGAGAUGUCAAGCCGCGGCGUCGCCAUGGUACCCAAGCUGGCGUUGGACGUCAUGUCUUGCGAAGUAAUGCGAGUGCUCCAGCUGACGGACAACUACAUCGUGCCCAUCAGCUAUCAAGUGCCUCGCAAGAAUUCCGGCCAUGACUUCCACGCUGACCUCUACCCCGACACGGCAGGCGUUAGUCCGGCCAUGGCCGCGGCGGAGUGGUGGCAGGGAGGGAACAAGCAGGUACAGAAAGUCAGCCUGCAUCCGGACAAGCAGCCCAAAGCUGCCAAGGCUCCAUCAGACAAACCGUCACCGGCAAGGAAGGAUCUUAGCAGCGGCGAGAGCAAGGACGCGGCACGUGGUUGUUCCACCUCCAGCAGUCCUCUGAGCACCCCCACCAGCAGUGCCGCCGCAUCCCGCUCGCCCUCUUCCACUUCGGGGCUCUCCUCGGGCUUUCUCCCUUCGCCAAGUCCGGGCCAGGCAGCCAAGGCUUUCCAGACCUUCCUUGGACCGACCUCCAAGUUCCGGCACAUCCAGGGCGUCGUGCUGCACCGUGACACGCACAUCACCAACGUACGCGACCUCAACCUGACCACGCCGGGCGAGUGCGACGGCUUCUGCGCCAAUAGCCAGUACGCCGCCGUGCCCCUCGCCAUAGCCGGCGGCCAGAUUGCCAUCUUUACGCGCUCGCAGCCAGGCAAGCUGCCGGACGUCGCUCUGCCCACCAUCCAAAACUCUGUCAAUGUGGCGGACCUUUGUUGGGACCCCUUUGACACGCAUCGACUCGCUGUGGCUGGUGAGGAUGCUAAAAUCCGAGUGUGGCAAGUACCAAAGGGCGGCCUUAAAGAGACUCUGACUGAUUCUGAACUCAUCCUGCAAGGCCACACUGAGAAAAUCUACUCCAUCAAGUUCCACCCUUUGGCCAGCGACCUGCUGGUGUCGUCGUCUUAUGACCUCACUGUGCGACUGUGGAACCUGGAAGAUGGCGAGCAGGUGCAGCUCCUCACCGGACACCGGGAUCAGGUGUUCUGCAUGGCUUGGAGCCCAGAUGGCAAGCAGCUGGUUACAGUGUGCAAAGAUGGCAAAAUUCGUGUCUACGACCCACGCAAGUCGGAUGCGCCUGUGCAGGAGGGUCCAGGCCCUGAUGGCCACAGAGGCGCUCGCGUGGUGUGGGUGUGUGAGGGCAAGUACCUGCUGGUGUCUGGAUUUAACAGCAGCAGCGAGCGAGCCCUCUACUUGUACUCCGCCGCUUCUCUUUCCUCCGGAGUGGUGGCCAGCGUCUGUGUGGACGUCUCCCCCUCCACACUGAUCCCUUUCUACGACCAAGACACCGGAGUGGUUUUCCUCACUGGAAAGGGGGACACCCGGGUGCACAUUUAUGAGAUCGUCCCUGAGGACCCCUAUUUUGAGGAGUGCAGCAGUUUUAAGAGUCCUGAGCCACACAAGGGCUUGGCCUUCCUCCCUAAGAGCGAGUGUAACGUGCGCGAGGUGGAGAUAGCGGUGGCCCUGAUGCUCACCAAGACCACCGUGGAGCCGGUGGUCUUCAAGAUGCCAAGAGUCAAGAGAGAGUUUUUCCAGGAUGACUUGUACCCAGACACGCCAGCGUGCUGGGAGCCAGCGCUGAGCGCAUCGGCCUGGCUCAACAACGCCGACGGCCAGCACAGAAAGAUCAGCAUGAGGCCCGCUGACAUGACGCCAGUCAGCGAAGCCCCCAAAGAGGCCCCGGUGAGGAAGUACAUGCCCUCGACUUUCUACCUGGAAGAGAAGACUGACGAGCAGAAAAAAGAGGAGCUCCUGGAGGCCAUGGUUGCCAAGCUGGGAAACAUGGAUGAUCCAUUGCCGCAGGAAUCCUUCGAGGGGGUCGAUGACGACGAGUGGGAUGAUUAAAAGUGCUCGGCGCCAGGAGAGAGGACACCCACACGCUUCCACUGGAAUGCACUCUGCUUUUCGGCGUCACUCCAACAAACACGUAUAAUGGGAAACUUUUUUUUUUUUUUUUUUUUUAUAAUGGGGGGAGGAGGGGGUCUAUCCUUUGAAAUGCCACAUUUGUCAGUGUAUGAUAUUAAUUAAUGUGUCACGGAAACAUUCAGGAAUUCAUCUGGCUUUUGGUCUGCUUUUUCUCCAAUCGUAAAUGGUCUAAAAACACACACACACACACACACACAUAACACACACACAUACGCACAACAUGAAGUCCAAAUGUGUAUUGCAUUUUUAAUAACAUGGAGUUCUUUGAAAAGUGGCAUUAAUGUAAGAAUGUGUUUACUAUUGUGGGUGUAGUUUACACAAUGGUACCUCUUUGGUGCGUAUUUAAAAAGAAAAAAAUAAGAUAAUUAUUGUCUUCUAGUUGUAGUUAUCUGGGGGGGAAAAAGUUUACCGUGUCUUCAUCUUCACACAAUUGUAAGGAUAACACAGGGUCACCAGUCUUCAUAUUUGGCCAUGAACUGGAUUUUUUUACGUGAUUACUUGUA